AUGUGGGAACAUACGAACACCCUCAGGCUGACCGCUAGGGAUUGGGAGGUUCUGCAGAAAUAUGUCCCGCAAGUCCUGUCUUUGACAUUCCAUCAUGAUUCAGAGGCACCCCUGUAUCGCAACAUCUUGAAGGCUCUUCAACAGUCACCCGUUGCUCAACCGCCCCUCCCAAACUUGCAGUGUCUUUAUUACCACCACUGCAUUCCUGAAGACUAUCCUCUCCUCGACAUUUUAUUUGUGCCAUCCCUGAAAGGUCUUGCUAUCGAUAUUCGUCCUGCCAGCUUUCUCAAUAUUUCACUGCUCAUCUCACCUCUUGCCACUUUAUGCCCUCAUCUGACAUUUCUCCAUAUUUUUGGUUACAGGUCGCACGAACCCAUCAAGGCAACUGUGUCAGAUAUAAUCAUGGGCCUCCCUCAUCUUCAGAUGCUUCAUCGCGACGAACUCAGCCAGGCGGCGAUCACUUCCAUUGCAUGGCGCCCAUCAUUGGAUGAACUGGACAUCAUUAUUCCAAGUGACCAUCAGUACGAUUUUUCACAGUUUCCACAUCCUACUCUCCCUCGGAUACCACCGUUUUCCGGGAUCAAAAUAUUUAAAAUGACUUCCCUUCAUCUGACUGCUAUCACUGCAUUAUUCAGGCAGUCCAACCCUCGCCUUCCUAUUUGCAGAUUGAGACGGGCCAAGGGCCGUCACCUCAAGAUUUGCAAGAGUUUUUCAUGCUACCCGUUCCACCAACAUCACCCAGAUGCAUCCAUUGAUAUGGAUAUCAUCAAGCCUCUGCUUCGCUUCUCGAAGCUGCGCGGGCUCCAUCUCAUGAUGAUCAACUCCUAUCUUAUCUCAGACGAGGACACUGUCAUGGGUGCUUCUUGGCUUUGUCUUGAAAUCAUUAAUCUCGAUAACGGUGAUGCGCGGGCGAGGCCAUCCGCCUUCACUCUACGCGGCCUCAUGUCACUAGUGAACAAGUGCCCUCGUUUGAACAGCGCUUACCUACCAAUCGACGCGAAUGUGUUGGAGGGGAUAGAUGAGUGUCCUGCAUCGAUGGUUGGUGCAAACGAUCUUCACUAACUUAUGUUUGCGGAUAGAGUCAUCGAAGAUCCUCGAGCUGUUGCUCUCAUUAUCUCUCUAGCCUUCCCAAAUGUGAACGUGAUAGAGAUAGUGGCGGAUGAUUUGCCGUGGCAUAAUCCCGACGAACCACAGUCACGAUGGGACCAGGUGAAUGAACACCUCGGAGUGUUCAAAUUGUUCCAAGGGGGACGUUGGAGGACUAGUGUCGCUGGUACCUCGUGAAAGUUGGUUUUCCGUCUCCCGGUGUACCAGUACAUACUAAACGUAUUUAAAUUGAUGUAACACGAGUAAUUAAUAUUGCCACCGUCGGAGUCUCGUCUUGUCACAGAGGGUUCUAUGCUAGUUUACUUCUUGAAACAAUCCCUUUAUAUACUCAGUCGUGAUAUUAUCGUUCGUCUUGUCCUCCGAAC